UCUGCACAGAGUGUAUCCGCAUUUAUUGCCUGAAGGUGAGUAUAUGCGCACUGCUUCCACUCUCUUCCAUUCUUCAUUUUGAGUUUCUGCCUAGCCUAGCUCAUGAUGCAACUACAGCAACGACAAAGAAAGAGGAAGGGUAAGAACAGGUGCCGAUCGAGGAUUCAGAAGACCAUGGAGUUCAGCGGCCUACAAAACAUGCAAGGAAACAAACACGCAGGAGGUAGACAGACUCUUCUUUUUUGUUGCAUGAUAUAUGCUUCCUGUCGUCUUAUUGGUCUAGUACUCAUACCUUUGAUUGCAGGACUCGUUUUCACUCAGUUCUCGCGCUCUCAUACUUUCACACUUUCAUCAUGGGCUCAUUCCUCCCGACUCACAUUGUCAUUGUUUCAUUUUAUCUUCCUGAUGUAUGCCUUUUCCGGACUCCGCACGACAUUGACUUGCGUUUUCGUACCUUACACUGUAUUAUAUGUUCUUGUGCCAUCGUAUAGAGACAAUAUACAAUUCAUCACAUGGAUAUAUCUGAGUGAUAUACAAUGUCUGAACUAUCUAGACGAUGAACAAUGUCGCAAGCGGAACUAUGUUGUAGAUGCCCAUCUUGAUCGAACUUAGCGUUCCCUAGGAUGACAAGACAUACCUGGGCUGGCAGGCGAUAUACCCGACAGUACUGAUACCAUAGACAUGACCAUACAUAGUCAUGUCUGGGUUGAGCAAUUUUUGUGAUUUGAACGACUAUCUUCAUUCUAUUUGGUCUGCCUACGGGAGACUAUGUGAGCUCGGUUGGUCGUUUGAAGUGUGCAA